AUGUCGAAAAGCUGGUUAUAUCUGGCAAUACCGCCGCUUCUGCUCAUUGCAGCCGCCUUUGUCCUCAUUCAGCUUUUUAUGGAUCUGGAUGAGGACAGCGUCGAUCGCAAGGCCGCGGAACGUCUGACGCUCUAUCGCCAGACGAUCCUGGGAGAGUACCAGAAAUAUCGCUAUCUUCCUUACAUGAUUGCCCGCGAUCCAAGGGCGACAUUCGCUCUUCAGUCCGGGCGGCCAAUUGAAAGUGCAAACCGGUUUCUGCAGGAAAUGGCCGACAAUUCCGGUGCUGACCUGCUCUAUGUCAUGAAUGAAGACGGAACGACGCUCGCAGCAAGCAACUGGCAGGAUGAGCUGUCGCUUGUCGGCCAGAAUUAUGGCUUUCGUCCAUAUUUCAAAUCCGCGAUCAAGGGAGAAGAGGGGCAGUUUUUCGCGAUCGGGGCAACGCUGGGUGAACCCGGUCUGUUUCUGGCACGGCCAACGCCGGUAUCGGGCAAGCCGAUCGGAGCGGCCGUGGUCAAAGUGGACAUGCGUCCUCUCGAGGCAGCUUGGGCUGAAGGCGGGGAAACGGUCUUUGCAUCUGAUGAAAACGGCGUGAUUUUUCUCUCAAGCCGGCCGGAAUGGCGCUACCGUACGCUGUCCGAAUUGCCGCCCGGCGUGCGCCAGACGAUCAAUACGACACGGCAAUAUGCCUCGCAAAGCCUUCUCCCGGUCAGCGAUCAGCCGGUCAUUUCAAGUGAACUGGUUACGAUUGACGGCAAUAUGUUCAGGCACAAAUCUGCAGAGGUCGGUUUGCUUGGCUGGACCUUGCAUUUUCUUGUGCCGGUGGAAGAAACGCGCAAAAGCGUAUUGCCGAUCUGGGCGGUUACCAUCACGCUUUGCCUGGUCUAUGUGGUCAUCCUGCUGGUUCUGCGUGGCCGUCGGCUGCGCAAGACCUCGGUCCAGCUGCGCCAGGAAUCGGCGGACCUGAAGGAACUCAACACGCGACUCGUGGGCGAGAUCCAGGAGCGCCGCAGGAUCGAACGGGAAUUGCUGGAAGCACAGCGCGGUCUGGCGCGAUCCAACCGCCUCGCUGCUGUCGGCGAAAUGUCGGCAGCCGUAGUUCACGAACUGAGCCAGCCGCUUUCCGCGCUACGGAUGUUCGUUGCAGGAACCCGCAAGUUUCUGGACAAGGGCGAUACCGGGACCGCUGUUGAGAACCUCAAGGAAAUCGAUGGUAUCCAGCUGCGCAUGGCAAACCUCACCCAGGAACUGAAACGCUUCGCUCGUCCGGGAGAAAGCCGGAUCGAGAAAAUCGACCUGAGGGAAAGUAUCCGGACAGCGGAAAAGAUUGUCCGGCCACGCUUUGAGGAAACGGGUGUUUUCCUGAAAAUGGAGCUGCCGGACACUGCGCUUGAAACCGAAACCGCCCCCUUGCGGGUAGAGCAGAUCCUGGUGAACCUCCUGCGCAACGGCGCCGACGCGGCUGCGGCGGAAGGAGAAGGUCAAGUUCGGUUGAUUGCGCAGCUGAUUGACAAUGAAAUCAGGUUGGAGAUCUCCGACAACGGACCCGGUAUCCCGGAAGACUUGCGUGAACGGAUUUUCGACCCGUUUUUCUCCACGAAGACGAGUUCUGGAGGGAUGGGUCUUGGCCUGGCAAUCUCCAUGCGCCUUGCCGAGGACCUCGGAGGCAGCUUGUCUGUAAGGACAGAAACGCCUAAAGGAGCUGUGUUCGAGCUGACGCUGCCUGCAAUUGAAAGCGGAAUGAGGCCGUCAAGCCAGACCCAGGACAUGGAUAACGAAGCCGCAGAAUGA